AUGGAUCCUGAGCGGAAGAACCGAGUUGAUGUGGCUAUCGGAAGAUUUUUUUGGAAUGAACACAUUCCAUUUGUCAAGGCUCAGUCACCUUACUUCCUCAACAUGAUACAGGAAGUUGCCAGGCAUGGUAUGCCUUAUGCACCACCAAAAUAUGAUGAUCUCCGGGAUGAGCUUUUGGUGAAAGAGAAACGAUUCAUUGAUAUUGAGAUGGCGUCCUUGAGGAAGCAGUGGGAGCAGAGGGGUGCAACCAUAUGCGCAGACGGGUGGGCAGAUAGGAGGAAUCGGCAUAUCAUGGGGCUUGUGGCAUAUAGUCAAGGACGAGGAGCUUUUUUGAAGGCUAUCGACAUUUCCUUAACAGGAAAAACAGCUGAAAAUACUCUGCGCUGCUGGGAAGAAGGCAUUAACAUUGUAGGUGUAGAGAACGUUGUCAUGGUUGUGACCGAUGGGGAAAAUGCAAACAGAGCAGCAGCAGCACUUUUGCAACAGAGGUACCCGAAAAUUCAAUGGGCAGCAUGUUUUGCCCAUUGCUUGAACAAUGCCUUGAAAGACUUCGGUGUACUUCCAUGGAUGGCAACACUUCUGGAGCGUGGAAAGUCUUUGGUGAUCUUCGUUAGAAACCACUCUCAUAUAGUGGCACUGCUGGCGGAGUUUACUCACAAAGCAAGGCCUGAGUCGAAGUCGAGAGCAGGAAGGGACAGUUAUGCAACGGUUUUUGAUGACAGUUUCUGGCAACAGGUUAAGGACAUGCUAGAGGUGUCCAAGGAUGUUAUGCUGCUUCUUCGUGUUGUGGACGGUGAUAUACCUGCGAUUGGAAAGAUAUAUGAGUGCAUGAACAGGUUGGAUGCAAGUUUAGAGGAAGGACAGUCGGAUUAUGGCAGGUACAGGGAACUUCAUCAGAUCAUGUCUAAUAGGUGGCAUGAGUAUCACUCGCUCAUGCACUCGGUGGCGUACAUGUUGGACCCCGAGUUUCAGGAGUAUGAAAAGCAUGCUAACAGAGAGGUCAUGAAGGACUGGAAUGCUUAUCUGCUGGCCAUGUUUACAUCCAGUGAGAGGGAUGUGAUAUGUGAUGAGCUUUUAACUUACUGGAGGAUAGGAGGCAUUUUCAACUCAUAUGAUGCUAAGGCUGAUCGCACUAAGAGGGGAGCUGUACGUUGGUUGUUAACCUGCAAAAAUGAUCGUGAUUACGACAAGUUUGUAAGCUACAAAGUCCUGGAGACAGUUCCUCAUCCUGAAGACGAGCUUGAGUCAGGACAGGAAGAGGAAGAUGGAGAUGAUGUCGAAGAUUGUGAGGUCGAAGAUCAUGAGGUUGAAGAUGACGAUGAGAUGCAGGAUAUUUGA